AUGCCAUUGCCGGCUAUUUACACAACAGCAUUCGACUUGGCCCAACCUUCAGGAGGAAAGGUCACCGUUCUGGCUCUGAACAAGAUCUUGGCUGUCAGUGGUCUCCCUCCAGCAACCAUCGACAAGAUCCUAAACAUUGUCGUUGCCCCAACAAGAUCCAGGAUCACAAAGGGAGAAUGCAGCGUAGCAUUGGCACUGGUGGCGAUGGCACAAAAGAACAUGGACCUCUCUAUCGAAAACCUGACCGCUCAUCGUGAAGGGUCGAACUCGGACGAGGCGUCAGGGAGCAGUCAGAGGGAUGUUCAUCUAUGGUUCUUGAACCUAGAUGUUAUCAGGAUCACUUUUGCGCCCGAGAAGGAAGGAAUCUUUUUGUUCAGACAUACCAACUACAUCGUUGAAUCCAAAGCUCGACAAACGACAGUAAUCAGGAGGUACAGUGAUUUUUGGUGGCUAUUGGAGAUCCUUGCCAAGAGGUUCCCGUACAGGAUCCUUCCAAACCUCCCACCCAAGCGACUCGGAGUGGCAGACGAAGUUUUCUUAGAGAGGCGGUUGCGAGGAUUGACGAGAUUCAUGAAUGCGCUGAUGAGGCAUCCUGUUCUGAAGAAUGAUCCCUUGGUCAUUUCUUUCCUGACCGAGCCAGUUGAGCUGGCAUUGUGGAGGAAAAAUGUGGUGAUUUCGACUGAGGACGAGUUCACAAGAAAGCUACCCAUCUCUGAGAGUCUGGUGAAACAAGUACCCAUGGAUCUGGAGUUGCAGCUGGAGAGCAUCAAGCGGCGGUUGCCUGCAUCAGUGGAGUACUACAGGAGUAUGGUUCAUGUCAUGGAUCGAGUUCAGAAACGGACAGAAGCCAACGCAGGCGACUACAUGCGCUUCAGUCUCGCCCUCAAUGCAUUGGCGGACUGUGAGAAGCAUUGUCAUGUGGAAGAGUGCUACAGCUGUGGGCAGUUGAGUCAAGGAUAUGGCAAGGUUGGAUCUCAUAUAGGUCAGGCCUCCAAUGCGCUGGAAGAGCAAGCCCGGGCGACACAACGCGGAGUCGUCGAGGAUCUGAAACGACAUCGCGAUUUGUUAGUAUCUGUCAUGGAAUUGAUGCAGAGACGUGAGCGGGCGAAGGAAAGCGGGUUGGUUGAAAUGUUGAAGAAGCGGAUUACAAACCAGGAACAGAAAUUGACACAUCUGAGGACCACGGCUGCAGCGACUGCUGCCGCUGCUGCCGCUGCAAGGGCUGAAGGUGCUGGAGAUGGAGGAUAUGGGGGAGGUGAGCCUGGGAUCUAUGAUGCGCAGAUCGAAAAGUUGGUUCAGGGUAUCCAAUCGGACCGCGCGGAGAUGGAGAUGCAGAGUCAGAGGGCGAUCCUGAUAAACCAUACACUGUCGAUGGAGAUAUUGUACUACCACAAGAGCCAGGCCUUGAUUGCGUCCAUCUACCAGAACUUUGUGCACGAGCAGAUCAAGACCAGCCGGGGGCUCACGGAUACUUGGGAGUCGCUGUCUCCCAUUGUACAUGAUCUGCCUAUGGAGGUCAAUGCAUUCAAUUAG